GUUGUUUGAAGGUUCUUUCUUCUGUCCGUACUAUGCCAUAUCAAGAUACCUCAAUACGUUUUCCACCGGUUACUGUCUCAUCAAAAUUGAGUAGUAAAAUGCUAAGAAAGACACCUACUUCUACAGAUUGGAUACAACAAUCGUAUAUAGAAAUGAUUCAGGAUAUAUCAUAUGUGCCCUGCCAUUAUUUUAUUUCCUCAGAGAAACAAGUCGCUAUAGAUGAAACUCGGGCUACACUAGAUGUAUGUGGGGCACAAUUACCUGUACCUGAUGACAAGUAUGACUCUUGCCUUGAAAAGUCAUCUAUUAUGAGUGAUGAAGAUGACAGCGACUAUAAUACAAUCACAACAACGUCAACAGAUUAUAACAGGAGAAACAAUAUGUAUCGUUAUUAUAAAGAACAAGAAUUAAUACGUUCAAUUGACGAAGAAGUGCAUUCAUCUUCUCUUCGUCAUAUUGUACCAGUGAACAUUUUAGAUAUAAAAGAACAACAAACAAAACCAAAAAAGAAUCGACUUCAAGUAGUAAAGAAAUUAAUCAAAAAAAUGCGCAUAACAGCUGAAAAGCCAUUUAUGACUAUUGACAAUCACUUUAUAAAUAAAUAAAAAA